GACUAAAGUACUCGACUUGUCCUAUAACUGUAUUCUCUCAAACUCUUUGCUGGUGACCUUAUCGGACAGCAACAUGUCCGGCUCAAUAACGUGUUCCACGCUGAGGUCAAUGGGCAGGCCUUUGCGACACGCAGCGCGCCCACAACGCUUGCCGAUCCAGUGUGCACUUCGUCAAAAUAUGUUGAUCUUCGCGCGACAAAAGUCAACAGCAAAUGCUGGACCUUCUUUGGCAUCAAAAACAGCGAGCAAGCAAGCGGGCAGUACGACAACGAAACCUGCUCCUAGCCAGGCAGAGAAGGAGUCAUUGCCUUGGUCAGAAUACCUGGCUAUCCGAAGGCGCAAGCGGAGAUGGGAGACAGCUGUCACCAUUCCGUUGACUAUUGCUGGAUUUGCUGGCGGUGUCAUGUAUUUCGGGAGUCUCGAGAUGGACCCUACGAAACCCAUCUUUAACGUUGAUCCGAUGGUUGUCUACGGUGUAGCCACCCUUGGAUGUGCAGGUUUGGGGUACCUAAUUGGACCUGUCAUUGGCUCUGCCUGCUGGCGAACAACCCACCGACGGUUGAUGAAGCUUAUUGAAGCACGGGAUAGGCAAUUCCAUGACCAUAUCGUCAAAAACCGCGUCGACCCUGCGGCCCAAAGCGCCACGAACCCCGUUCCAGAUUUCUACGGCGAAAAGAUCGGUUCUCUGCAUGAUUACAGACAGUGGCUCCGGGAUCAGUGCAAGUACAGGCGAAAGGCAUUCCUUCCCGAAGACUAGGCUCUAUUCUGUCUACAUCUGUCCAUGUAUCUGUGCAGGUUGUCCUUUCGACUACUCUACCCACCAUAUUAGUAUAUUGGCAUUUGGCAUCCUAGAGAUUACUGCCUGAAUGUCCCACCUGGGGCCUUUUUAAAUAGCCAAUGCACCGCCCGUUCUGAUGUCUUGAUGAGGGUUUGCAGUGCAAUAUCCAAGGAUGUCAAAGACGGGUAUUGCCAGAUGGUGAUCAUUUCCGUCAGAACAGUGUCAUUCGUGGCAUUUCGCUGCUUGUCUGCAGCGAGGAUCUUCCGACAGAAAUUCUGUUCAGUGGUAUCCUGUGUAGUCCAAUGAACCAAAGCCUGCGGG